UGUAGGUCGAAGAAGAAUUUGGAGGGUGGUCCGGUAAGCUGUUAGCCGCAGAGCAGCAGCGUGUUGUCCGCGGCGCUUUCCAGAAGCUAUUUUAAUUAUUCAGUCACAGAUAUAGACCUCCUUUAUUUUAUAACGAGUUAAACAGAGGAGUGUACAAUGGCGACCGAUUCGGGGUACGGCGGUCAACAAAGGUAACUCUGAAAGGGAAAGCGCGGUAGAAAAGUUAUGUUAAAUUGUUGUUGCAUAAGAUUGUUAUCCUUUUUACAUUUGUAGGCGUUUUGGAAUGUUGAUUAGAAGUGACUAGUGUUUUUACUAUUAAGUAAUAUUUAGCAGGUUAAUAUUUAUUUAUUUGAAAGUCAGUGUGAUGGUGUGUGUACAGGGUAUAAGUACAAAUAUUGUUCUGAAACAAUUAUGCAAAUAUGGCAUUUUUUUCUAAUUACUUUAUGAAUAAAUAGACUUGAAUUGUCUUUGUAUUAUGUCGUUUUCCCCCUAUUUAGAAUUGCUUGAAAUAAAUGUGUUAAUUGGAAGUUAUAAAAAAUUAAUAUUUUUUAAUUGACAAAUUAUAAAUAAGUCUUGAGCUUAUUAAAUACCCAUUGCAAUGAAUAGAUAGUAUUGAAAUACUGUAUAUCUGCAGCUAUGGAGGGUCGUAUGGAAGUCAGCCAAGUGGACAGGCCUACAGCCAAGGAAAUGCUGGUGCCUCUUUUGGAGGACAGACUUAUGCUGGUUAUGGUCAGCAAGGUGCUCCACAGGCCACAGAGGGUUACAGUCAACAACCCCCGCAACAGAGCUAUGGAACUUAUGGACAAGAGUCAUCUGGGUAUGGAGAAAAGCCGUCGUAUGGUCAGCAGGCACCCGCGUCUUAUGGCCAGCCAAGUUCAUAUGGACAACCGAGUUCCUUUGGUGCCCAAGGACAGGCAGGGGAAAGUUUCAGCCAGCAGGGCUCCUAUGGAGGCCAGGGUGGCACUGCAUAUGCUGGUACCCAAGGCCAAGCAGCCGCUGGCUAUGGAAGAUGGAGUGAGGGUGAAGGUGGUGGUCAAGGCGGGAGGUUUGGUCGGGACCAAGGAGACCGCUCAGAAGGAGGGGGCUUCAGAGGCCGAGGCCGCGGGGGUUAUGAACGUGGUGGUUAUGACCGCAGCGGUGGCUACGACCGCGGAGGAUAUGACCGUGGCGGUAGAGGCGGACCUCCUGGUAUGGGGCUCUCGAGACUAUGGCUCAAGGGAUGAUUCCGGUGGGGAGCAGGACAACUCGGACAACAACACCAUCUUUGUUCAGGGCCUUGGAGAAGACGCCACCGUUCAGGAAGUUGGGGACUAUUUCAAACAGAUUGGCAUCAUCAAGGUAAAUAAGAAGACAGGCCAGCCAAUGAUCAACAUCUAUUCAGACAAGGCGACUGGCCGUCCGAAGGGGGAGGCUACAGUGUCGUUUGAUGACCCUCCUUCAGCUAAGGCUGCCAUUGACUGGUUUGAUGGAAAGGAGUUUAACGGCAAACCCAUCAAAGUAUCAUUUGCUACUCGUAGAGCUGAGUUCACACAGAGAGGGGGUAGAGGAGCGCGAGGAGGUUUCAGAGGUCGCGGUGGAGGUGGAGGACCAAGCUUUGACAUUAAGGGAGGGGACUGGCCGUGUCCAAACAGCUCCUGUGGCAACAUGAAUUUUGCUCGACGGCAGGAGUGUAACAAGUGUGGAGCACCUAAACCAGGAGACGCAGGCUUUGGAGGUGGAGACCGUGGAGGCAGAGGUGGCUUUGGAGGUGACAGAGGCAGUGGAUUCCGAGGCCGUGGUGGAGGUUUCCGUGGAGGAGAUCGUGGUGGCUUCGGAGGAGGAGGAGGAGGAGGAGGAUUUGGGGGAGGCUACAAAAUGGGAGGAAGAGGUGACCGUCGAGACGACAGGCGAGAGCGGCCAUACUAAACGAUGAUCGACGAAACCAUUCCAGCCCUUCAGUUUGACAGGGGGAGGGGGAGGGGGGGUAGCUGAUGAGAACAUGGGGGGGAGGAGAGAUCAGACAUUUGUCUGUUUUGUAGGUCGUCCAUCCUAAUUAUUACUGUUCAUCUUUGAUGCAUAUGCUUGUGCUAAUGUGAAUGGGGGUUUGGGACUGGUCGGCAUACGGAAAACCUUUUUGUUUGUUUUAUUCUGUACAUCUUUAUUUUUGUCCGAUUCUAGAUACAGGUGUUUGUGAGGCUGUGAACCAUUUUUUCUUUUGUAUGAAUGGAAAUAAAAACCUUUUACUUGGAA